UGGGGAGACCAUGAUUACGGUACGAGGGGAGAAUUGCCAUUAGAACCGACAAUGAUUCAAGAGACACCGGUAUCAGUUGAGAACAUAGCCUCCAAUGUUACUGUUUCAACUGAUAUCGGACACAGUAAAAACAUCUUAUGGAAUGAAGGCAGGAGGGUUGUUGAGUUGGAAGUGCUAGCGGAACAACUCUUCUGCAACAGAUGCAACACCCCACUCUUUCUGAAGGAUAUAGUAGGUGAAAUGAGGUACGGCUUAGGAAGUCUUUUGGAGGUGGUAUGUCAGAUAUGCUCUGGUAUGAAACUGGUAUCUACAGGCAAGCGGAAUGAAAAAGGAGCAUUUGAUAUCAACUCAAAAGUUGCUCUUGCAAUGAUGCACUCUGGAAUGGGUCCUGAUCAUGUUGUGAAUUUUCUCAGCACAUGUAACAUACCCCCACCUGAUCCCAAGACACUGAAAAAGAAGGAGAAAUGUAUAGCAUUGUCACUUAUGGAUGAGGCAUCUGAUUCCUGUAAAACUGCUAGUGCAGAAGAAAAAGCUAUUUCCCCAAGUGAUGAAUUAGAAUGCAGUUUUGAUGCUGGCUGGCAAACAAGAGGCUCUGGUUGGCAAUAUAACAGUAACACAGGAAAUUCCAGUCUAGUUGGUGUAAAGACAGGGAAAAUUCUAGACUAUGAUAUAAGAACUAAACUUUGCAGUAUAUGCCAGCAUCAUUUGGGAAGAAAGGAAACAAUUCCAAAUCAUCAAUGCAACAGUAAUUGGCAAGGGUCAAGUAAAGGCAUGGAGCCUGACAUGGCUUUAUCCAUGGUUACAAGGAUGGACGACAGAGGGUGCACAGUUGGCAUUAUUCACGCAGAUAAUGACUCUACAACAACAUCAAGGCUGAAGCAAAAAUUUGAAAAAAUUAAAAAAAGAGACGACAAGAACCAUGUCAAGAAAAAUCUGUCGAAACAACUGUAUGCAGCAGCAAAUAAGUACAGAGAGCUGAAGGGGAAAGGAGUUAUUCCUUACAUACUUAAAUGCUAUAUGUAUGCUAUAAGUUCAAAACAGUCAAAGGAGGAUGAACUUUGUGAAAGAUUAGACAGUAUAGUUCCACACCUCUUUGGAGACCAUUCAGGCUGUUCUGGGGAUUGGUGCACAUAUUCCAAGCAACCAUCAACAUACAGAUAUAAACAUCUCCCAAAAGGUGAACCAUUGACAAAUGAGAACCUGCGUAAGCAGUUAGAGACAGUGACAGAAAAUUACAAGAAAAGAUCAAGCCAACUUGUAGAUUUAGGCGUGAAAUACCAAAAGCUGAUGUUCAAAAUUAUAAGCAACAAACAUUAGUUCAAAAGUUUCUGGAGAUUGUUUAUGAUGCUCAUAAUUCUGAGGAGGAUGUAAGAAGUUUAUACAAACUGUUCCAUCUUAAACUGAAACAGACAUGUUCUGCAAAGGAUUUAUUUCCGUUUAAUUAUUUGUCAAUUGUAGAGGGUUUUUCUAGUGUCAUUGUUAAAAAAGUUAUUUCAAAAGACACUGCAAGGAAACUUUCCUGCACAGGUCUCAGCCUCCAUCAC